AUGGCUAUUAACGGAAAAAUAAACGCUGAAACACAACUACAAGUGGCCAUUGGGAGAUUACUCACCUCUGUAACUGACAAGAGCCCUAUAGUACUAGAAUCGGUAAAAUGUUCAUUAAAAAAAUUAUCAGAAAAACAUCCGAAUCAAGUAUUAAAUUCAAGUUGCCAUUUCAUAAAUAAAACACCCAGACCUCCCCCAGAACAUGUAUCCUCUAUACUUGCUAUAAUGGAGGUAGUCUGUUCUGACCAUAUCUUACAAAUAAAUGGGGAUUCUAUAAUUCUAACUAUAGAUGUAAGUUUGGCUGUUAUGACUGAACAGAUUAACUUUGAUCCAUUAGUUCAGAUGCCUGCUUGUGGGAUUCUCGUUGCACUUGGAAGAGAACAUUAUGUACAAGUUAUAGAUUCUUUGUUAAAAAAACUAAAUCCUGGAGUAAUUCCUCAUCACAUGGUGCCUCAUACUUUAGGGGCCUUGGCUAGUGCUAAUGCCAUUGGGGUAGUUCCUUAUUUAAAGGAUAUUUUGAAUAUAAUUUUACCCCUUUUGGGAGGCUUGAGAACUGAGGUACUCAAACAAGCAUUUUCUUUUGCUCUAGGUAAUUUUUGUGAGGCACUGACAGAGUAUGUAUCAAAUUCAGAAAAAGUACCAGACCCCACUAUUACUCUAGAUAAUUUUAAUGUAGAAAUAGGAAUGGCUUAUGAUGUUCUGUUUACCACGUGGAUCAAUUCCAGGGAUUUUAAAACUGUGGAAAGCGUUCUAGAAGCUGUAACGUCAAUAUUUACUGUUCUAACAGUCGACAGAGUUACACAACAAAUACCUAAAGCCAUACAAGUGCUUUUAAACCUAUACAAGAGAAACAUAAACCCUUAUAAUGUGACUAAAUGCCUGGGUUCUGUUAUACAAAAGUCAGCUACUGUGAAUGGAAUGCUGUUAGAACCAAUGUUACCAAAUAUCUUAAACACUCUUUUCGAUUUGGUGUGUGUUUCUCCAGAUUAUGCACAACCUGGCUUAUUGAAGAGCCACUCUGAAGUGCUGAGAUGCUAUGAAUGUUUCGCCCUCCAUUUUACAGAUCACACUUUAGAUCAGAUAUUGUCACAAUUGAGAAAUAAUAAUGACAAAGAGAAAGUAAAGGCUUUGAUUGUUUUAACGCAUUUGAUUUCCUAUUCAGGAGAUCAGAGUAUCAAGAGAAGGUACAAAGAUGUGGUUAGAUGUAUCAAUGAUCUGAUCAAUGAUAAUAAUUUGCGUGUUAAAAAGGCAUUGGUCAAAAUUAUUGUCGCUCUAUGUUUCAAAAAGGUUCUUAUUGAUAAAGAACUGAAUCCAGAUGGUCCAGAAAAAUACAUGGAAUUUAUCUUGAAAAUGUGCUGCAAACAAAUUUUACCGAAAAACUACAUUGUCGAUCCACAAGAGUUGGAAAAUAUCCAAAAAUCAACGGAUAACACCUUGUAUAUGCUUAGUACUUCAGUGCCGGAGCUGGAAUCGAUACUCUUUGACCUUUUACUAAAAUGUUUCCUAAAUACAAUAUAUGAUGACGCAGUCGUAGUUAUUUUGAGGUGUUUAACUCACUUGGCUUCGAAGAGAGAGAAGACUGAGUGUUGCGAGACGGCAUUCAUAAGAUGCCUGGCUCUCCUCGCUGAUCCGUUGCCCAAUUUUAGGGGUUGUUUCAUUUUAAAUUUCUUGAAGAACAUCAAACCUUGCGAAGUAGAUUCAUACAAAUCUGUUUGGGAUCUUAAAAUACCGCAACUGUUGAAAUAUUUGGAGCAGAAUUUCGAAAAUAUCAAUUUAGCGGAAUGGCAUGAUUUGGUUUUUGAUUUUUUGAAUUUGCUUCUUGAAACUACCAACAAUGAGAGUUUUAAUGAAGUCGUUGUGUCGAAUGCAAAGAAACAACUCGAUGUAUAUAGUAGUACUAAGUACAUUGGACCACAAAACGGCAACUACCAAAUUAAACAAUCUGAAAAGCAAUUCCUCCUGAAAUGCCUAGCCAUAGCAUUGUGUUACUUGAAAGACAAAGAAACCGUAAUGCAAACGUUGGACAGCAUCUUGGGAAGCAUCAGAUUGACGGAUUACGCUGAAUCGCACACAUGCGCCGAAGCGGUGGGGAUAUGUUCGAGGUCGCAUCUACAAUUGGUGCUCGACAAGCUGGCCCAUAUAAGAAAGGACGUGUUGACGAAGAAAUCGUCGAAAUUUUUGAAUUUCCUCAAAGACCAGAAACACGAAGUCGGUCUAGAACGACUGAGAUACACAGUGCUCUACGGCUAUUCACAAGUUUGUAAUGAAGCCCCUUCUGAGAAGCUACUGAAAGUUAUAGAGAGCGAAAUCUUGGAUUAUGCAGUUCAAGAGUUGGCGAACAGUAAAGAUUUUCCGUUAAGAAAGGCUUGUUUGAGGACAAUUAACGCUGUUGCGGACGCCAUGCACCCGAACAGGAAUUCUUUACAUAUUAGAAUGAACGACAGGGACAAUGUAAUAAAAUUAGUUUCUUCGCAAGUACAUUUGCACAGCGGUCCGGAGUACAUAGAACUGUUUCCUUUAAUCAUUCCCACUGUUACGGCGCUCGUUAGACUUCCUCUUCCCAUCGAAUCGGAGGAUAGAAUGAAUAUAUUGAAGUUGUUUUUCGAUAAUGUAUACAAUGCCGCUAUAAUUUAUUGCAAAAUCAAUCAAGAUAACGCUGAAAAGUAUUACGGGGACUUGAAGCUCGUUCCACACGUGACCAAGAGUUUCUCCGAAUUGAAUCAACUGGUUAAAGACUUGCUUUUGCAGAAUUUAUCGCCGGCAACUUUGGACGAGAUAGUGUGGUUGCUGCAGCCUUGGUUAGGCAAGAAAAGACAAGAGCAACGCCUCCCAGCAGCAGAAACAAUGCGUCUUGUACUACAGACUUAUUUGGACAACAUGAAAUUCGCCUAUGAAUGCCCGACAACUUUCGGCCAAACAGGAUUCCUGCUUUCUAGAGUGAUUCCAAGGUGUACGGACCCCAAUAAAAAUAUUCGGAAGGUAGCCGUCGAGUGUCUAUGCCUCAUCCUCUGUAUAGCGGCGCGUUACGAGGGCCAAAUGCGAGACCACGACAAGGUGUUAAGUAAUUCCGUGCAGCAUGUCCAACAGCAGAUCGAUUCAGACGAACCCAAGUUGUUAUAUAACCUUACUUCCGAUUUAGCGCAUGUUAUCAGCAUUAAUUUGCCACCGUUUCAGCUUAUACAUUGCAUAGAGGGGUUGAUAGAAGCUCUCUUGGAUUGCGAGUCGUCCAGCUCGAAUGGCAGCAGCGUCGUCCUCAAUUUGUUACUAAAAAAUAAAGGUGGAGAAUUGCUUAGUCACGUGGUACCAAUUACAGAAGAAUUACUGAAGAAGUUAUAUAAAAUUCAAUGUACCAGAACCAAAUCUUCAACGUAUCGGGCCAUCUUAAAUUUAGCUAUGCAUCAUUCGAAGACUGUGUGCGGCAUUUUGUUGGCCCAACCUUUACCAUUUGACAAUGUCGUAUCGGAAUGCUGGGGUAUAAUUUCGACUGACCUCACUUUAGUGGCAGAUCUAAUAGACCAAUUAAAGAAAAUAAUUAAAUCGAUGCCUCUGUACGAAGACCAAAACAACGGAGAAGUUAAAGUAGCCAAUCCAGCGCCGCUUCAAGCGAUCUGCGCUCUCCACGAGUUGUUGAAAAAUACGCAAUUGAAGGAGAUCUGCCUCAACCAGUUUCCGGAGCUGUUCUCCAUUUUGUUGACGUCGAUUUGUUCGUAUAUGGGUGCACUGGCGCCCGCCAUUAAGAAGACGGAUUCGAAGGAGAAGUACAGUUUCAGUUUCAAUAGAGACGCGUUUAGAUUGAUGCCUGCUAAAGUUGCGAUCGAGACGUUUAGGCUAUUUUUGAUAUGUUGUGAGUUCGAUAAGAUGGCAACUAGUUUGUUGAUGAUCAGCAGCACUGAUGCGUUUGAGGAUGUCGAUUUGUUCUUGGAGGUAGUCCAAUCUUUGGUCGAAAACGUAUGCACGGAACAUCCCCAAGCGCUGUCUUGGUUAGUAGCCAGCUUAGGCCCUUACAUUAGGGCCGAUCUGGACCCCCAAAGAGUCGCAACCGUCGGCUUUUUCUCACACUUGCUGCAUCAGAGCCACACUGAACAAAACGUACUUACCGAAAACCUUUUAGAGAUGAUUCUCGAUGUACAGAGCGACACUUGCUCACUAGUUCGAAAGUUGGCGCUACAAGGGUUGGGCCACGCCGCCGAGAACUUGAGUUACGAUUUGGUUUCGAGGCACUGCAAUCCCAUCCUCAGUGUCCUCAUGAACAGUUUGGAUUAUAAUAACAUCGGCAACGAAAGUGCCGUUAUUCUGGAAGGAAUGCUUAGUUUCUCAAAGCUUCUGCUAGCCAUGGAGGGCGUCAAGUUCAGUUCCUUUCAAGUAACCGCCGCCGUGCGUAUAAAACCAUUACUGGAUCGAGAGGAUGUCAAUUUGAGGAGGGCAUCUUUUAAAUUAUUAGGAGACUUAACGCAAUCUUUGAAUUCCGAGGGAAACUUGGAAGCUUUCAAAGAACAAAUACAUGGAAAUAUAAUCUCAUUGCUGCUACAUUUGAGCGAUCCCGAUAUGUACGUCGUUAAGGCAUGCAAAUACACUUUAAGAAAAAUCGGGCCGUACCUGGAGAGUCCCAAAGUUAAUUCGAUGAUUCAGGAGCAUCUGAUCGAUGAAGCGAAUCUACAUUUUACCGAUUUCAUAAAAGAUUUCAUCAAGCUCAUGGCGGAAGAUCUGCAAGAUCUUUUCCCGCUUCUGAUAAUGACUUGUUUGUCAUACUUUAAAAGCCAAUGGGUGGAAAUAAAGGGCAAUGCUGCCCUUAUAUCAGGCCUCCUUUACUCCCAGCUGAUACCGGAUAAUAAGUCCAGGGUUUCCCUGGAUACAGUCUGUGAUAGAUUGAUGAGACUUAUGGGCGAUGAGGAUGAAAAUGUUAGGGUGAAAGCUGUUGAGGCUGUUUCUUAUUUAUUCAUGGAAUAA